AUGGGUACUUAUAGGUAUAUAUCCGAGCAUUAUCCCGCAUCAGCAUUCACAAGGGAAGACGUCAGGGGUGGCGGUGGCGUAGCAGCCACUGAUCCUUAUAAGUCUUAUGGUGAUUGGCAUCCAAGUACCGCUACAACACAAGCCGAAAUUGAUUCUGCCUUUCAAUACGAUACAGAAUACGAUGAUGAUUUAACAUCGCCUCAUUUAUUUACUGCGUACCUUAUUUCUUACGCUUCGCACCUACGACUUUGCAAGGAAACUAGUCAUUCGACAGUAUGCCAUCUAGCAAUUGCCGAAACUACUCAAAGAACUCUUGAGGAUGGCCCUGCUCUUAAUCAAGCUGGGUUUGGAAGUGCUGACCCCCGCGCUGGCCCCAACGUGGACCCUGGGGGUUCGUCGUCGGCCUCCAAUCAAACCCCAGAACGCUCUAGAGGAGGAAACAGGAGAAACCGAAAAAGCGACCCUGACCGACGAAGGAAAAAGCAACGGGCUGGUCCUAUUGAUUUGAAAGUCACAAGUGGCAGCAAAUACUUCGCAUGCCCCUACUACCUUCAUGAUAGAGAACAACAUUGGCGAUGCAAUAGCUAUAAGCUUAAGCGUAUUGUAGAUGUUCGGCAGCAUAUUAGGAGGAAGCAUGUUCAACAGAAUCACUGUCCAAUAUGUGGCAGAGACUUCCCCAACGAUCCAGACAACGCCACACGGGACCAGCAUAUCAGUGAGCGCGCCUGCCUACCAUCGUACGAUUUUCAUUAUCCUGGAGCUACCAUUGACCAGCUUCAUGCGAUGAGCUCUGCAGCCAGCGAAUCUACGGCGCGCAACGACGAAGAAAGAUGGUAUACUAUAUGGGAUAUCUUGCUCCCAAAUGCCAUUAACCGCCCUCCAUCCCCUUAUAUCUACGACGAUGGAACGAGCACUAACAUUCACGAUGCUUUCGAUGAAUAUCGACGGAGCGACAGUUUCGCACAGCUUAUGAAUGCGUUUCCUCAGGAGACUAGAGAACGGAUGGUUAAUGGAUUCGGCGAGCUAUUAAACGGCCUUUCCAUUUUCGUCGAUACAUGGAUAGGACGCCAUGCGCUGCACAAUAAUCAUGAUGUCGAGGUUCCGGGAUCGAUUUCGCUUCCUCAACUCAGCGACCUACCACAGGAUGCCUCGGGAAUGCCAAUCAACUUUCCUCAGAACCCAACACCAGACCAAAACCCCCAUUCUCUUUUCAAUCCGAGUCAACACCCCUUUGAAUUUGACGCAAAUUUUGGUGCUGACUACGGCGAUGAAUACUUUUCGUUUGAGUAG